CAAUUUAUGUUCUUUAAAGGAAGUCAAGUAAUAAUGGUCACUUUGCGUUCUAGACAAAGCCAUAAACCCGGGAAGUAUCAAGAGUCGCGUGGCCACAUUAUGCGCACUGGGGCUUAUUUAAAACUCAAAGGCUCGGCGAGUUGUUGAUGGUUUCGGGGACUUUUUGCUCGAGGGCAGCUCAUCCCCUGCGCCGUCGAGGCGGGCAGCCCGGACGCGCCAGGCCUCCGCGGCAACCCCGCUCGCCGUCCCCUCGCCUCCGAUGCCGCUCGCGGAUGCCCAGGGACUCUGAUCCCGGGGAUGCCUUUUGCAACGCGCCCGCAAAACGCGCGCCCAGGCCCUGAGCCGCGACGAGGCGGCCGUGGGAAGACGUGCAGUUCCUCCUUAAAGAGGCCUCGGCGGCUCCGCGAGCCCAACGUCUCCGUCGUUAGUCGACGAGCCCGGCCCUCGCAGCGAGUCGCCCGCGGCGGGCGAUGGGCCAGGCCGCGGGGAACUCGCGCGCCUUUCUGCGGGCCGCCGGCUUUGUGAUGCUCCUGGGCCGCGUCCGGCUCCAGAUCCCGACGGCAGACAACAGAGAGCUCUGCCUAGAGUCACCGGUGCCCGGAGUCUGCCCAGGUUCAUUUGACAGGUGGUACUACAACCGAGCCUUCCAAGACUGCCAGAGGUUUACUUCCGGGGGCUGCUUGGGGAACGAAAACAACUUUUUGAGCUUUGACGUUUGUAUAGAAACUUGCGGGAAAAUCAAGAAAGUGCCUGUAAUGUGCCGAGUGAAACCUCCGCAAGGGACCUGGAGCCCCCUCAAGCCAAAAUAUUUCUUCAACCUUGAGACAAUGAAAUGCGAGGAAUUUUUCCCUAAAAAACGUUCACGACACCCUAACAUGUUUUCCAGUAAAAGAUCCUGCACUGACGUCUGCAAGUUGGGGAGAAGGGGUCCCUCCUUUUGCUCUAGUCCCAAGGAUGUGGGACUCUGUUCAGCUUCACUGCGUCGCUUUUACUACAAUAUAGCGAGCAGAACUUGUGUGGCAUUCAUCUAUACGGGAUGCGGCGGGAAUAAUAACAACUUUCGUACAAAGAAAGACUGCAUGAACGCCUGCAAGCAUGUACAAGUGAUUGAAGCGAUUAAGUUACCUCCGAUUGUGAUUCAGUUUCUAUUCUUUUCUUAGUUGGAAGAAUGUAAGCAACGGUUGCAAUAUUGGGAAACACCAUCUCAUAAGGAGGAGAAGUCUACAAAUCAAACAAAUGCCACAUACGUUCUUGCACCUGAAGGUCUCUAGACCAGAAGCAUUAUUUCAACAUUGAGAACUUUAAUUUGUGGGUGGAUUUUGUUUUUGUUUAUAUGUAGCAAUCUUAACAGCUCUUCUAUAUGAUCAGUUCUGGAAAUGUAGUAAGUCAUCGUCACUGUUAUCUGAUCAGCCUUAUGGACUGGCCUCCAUAUUCAAAGUAUGGUGAUCUGCUGAGGGAGAUAACCCUGGUUUGUUGACCUUCAUGCAGAGAUUCUUGAUGUGCAGGAGCAGGCUCAACACUCACUACUGAACAAGGAUCUUUCUCUGUCACCUGCUGCAUAUUAUUUGCUUUAUUUAUUUUUCUUAAAGAAGACUACAAAUAAAUUGGUAUUGUUGCUAUC